GGCCAGUGCAGCGGGCGCAGCAGCAGCGGCGGCGGCCUCGGCACAUCCCCGGCAUCUGCAACCAUGGCGUAAGUAGCGCGUGUGGGGAGCACACGCUGUGUGAACCCCCACCGCCCCCCCCCCCUUCCCCGGUUCCUAAAGCGGGGUUCUGGGGUGUGAAACGGACCCCAAAGGAGAAGCUGCCUGGGCAAUAGGAUCUGGGGUGAGGGCUAAAAACCUACUUGGGGGUGACGGAAACGGCAGGAAGUGACACUUUAAGAGGAAAAGCGAGCCGUAAUACUCUAUUUUUAGACAAACCCACAUCCUGAAAGCUCAGGGCUUUUCCGUUUUGUAAGGUUUUUGCCAGAGUGUUAGCUCCCUAGGCGGGUGUCCUAGUCGUGUAGGGGAAUGCCUUGAUAGAGGGGCAUUGGGAAUGGCAGAUGGAGGACUUAGGCGGGGCUUUCAGCGAGCGGGCAUUAAGGUUUUUCAAGGCACCGCACAGCAGCACUGCUGUAGUCGACAAAAAGACCCUCUCCUUGUCUACAUCCUUUGACGUCAAAGCACUAAAACCUGACCAAGAUGAGCCUCUUGAACAACGAGAUGCUGUUGGGGGAGUCCUCCCCCUUCAGCCAGCCGUGUUCGGUGGCUGAGGAAAGUCUGGGACUCCUCGAUGACUACCUGGAGGUGGCCGAGCCCCUCGGUUCGCAUGGGUUCUCCAGCGACAAGGCUAAGGCAGUCUCCUCCAAUUGGCUCGCUGUGGACAGUUUAGGCAACACCAUAGAUAGCAGCCAGGAGGAUGCCUUCUCUGGCAUGGAGUGGAUGGUGGAGAAGAUGGAUCUGAAGGAAUUUGAUUUUGAUGCCCUGUUAGGUAUGGAACAUCUGGAAGCCACCGUCUCACCAGACGAGCUGAUGGCCACGUUGGAAGACACGUGUGAUCUCCUAUUUAACCCUACCACCCAGGAAUUUCACAACAAAGAACCUCCACUCAUACCUGAUCUAAUCACCAAUCUCCCUGAAUCUCCAAUUGGAGCAGAUCCCAUGGGCCCUUUAUCUUCCCUCUGGUCUUUUCCCCUCUCCCCAGGGUCUCUGACUUCUGUUCCAGACCAUUCAUUUAGUUUAGAACUAGGUAGUGAAGUGGAUGUUCUGGAAGGUGAAAGGAAACAGGAGGGCCCCACCUUUCUGGUAGUGAUCACCAAGUCAGAGAAAGAGGAGGAGAACCAUUCCGAUGAUAGUGGAAUAUGCAUGAGCCCAGACUCUUAUUUGGGAACACCCCAACAUAGUCCUACCAAUUCACUCGGAUCACCCAAUGACAACCCGUUCCCUACAGAUGCCGCCUGUGGCUCUGUGCGGUCCAAACCAUAUGACCACCCUGCUGAGAAGGUAGCGUCAGCAAAGGUGAAAGGAGAAAAGAAAAUAGAUAAAAAACUGAAAAAGAUGGAGCAAAAUAAGACAGCUGCCACACGUUACCGGCAAAAGAAGAGGGCAGAACAGGAGGCGCUGUCAGGGGAGUGCAGAGAUUUGGAACAGAAGAAUCAGGCCCUGAAAGAGAAAGCAGAUUCCCUGAGUAAGGAAAUCCAGUACUUGAAAGAUCUGAUUGAAGAGGUAAGGAAGGCCAAAGUCAAAAGAGCUAGAGUCCCUGAGUAGGGUAGUCAGUAGUGUUCAUGUGCAUGUAUAUAUGCUUGCUGCUUAAGCUGUGUAUGGUGUCUUAAUAAAUUAUUUUAUAGUAAACUUGCAA